AGCUUCGAGCGGAAGUGCGCCGCGUGAGCUCGUGUUUCCGGUCGGACACAUUAGAGCGUCGCGCGGCUGCGGAUCGCAUGUGCAGAGAAACUUCUGUGGCAGCAGGGUUGUGUUGAGGAUGGAGUCGGCUGCGGAGCUGGAGAGAGGCACUGCUGCUAUUAAAGAGCAGUUCCUCACCACUAAAGAGAAGUUCCAUGAGUUUCUUGCGUCGGGUCGGCCGCGUCAGAGCAGAGAUGAACCGGACGGAGACUCGGAGGAACCGGCAGCAGAACCAGAGCAGAAGAGAGUCCGGCUGGACAGCGAUGGAGACAAGAAGAAGAUGAGAGGACAGAAUAAAUCCAGACCUCACAAGAAGCCUCAGAGCUAUGAAGACAAACGGCUCUGUCCCUCGAUCGUUCAGGAGCGAGACUCGAAGUGCUUCUACGGUGAUAAGUGCCGCUUCCUCCACGACGUGAGCGAGUACAUGUCCACUAAAGCGGCGGAUCUGGGCGAUCAGUGCUAUCUGUUCAGCAGCUUCGGCCGAUGUCAGUACGGCGUCACCUGCAGGUUUGCUAAAGCGCACACGAGUCCGGAGCUGAAGAACCUGACGGACGAGGAUCUGUGCAGACGCUGGGCCGGACAACACACCGUCAGAAACCUGCUGGACAAAGAGCUGCAGAGACGCCUGCGGAAGAAGCAGGAGAGAUUCCCCGGAACCGAGGCGUAUCUGAAGACCGUCAGCCGCGGGAAGAAAGCCGAGCUCAAGAGCGCAGACGAGAGUCACGCCGAGAGCCGGAGCGGAGCGGGAGACGCUGCUAACGGACCAGAGACAAAGGACGGUGCGGAUCCUGCUGUGAAGACGGUGGGGCCGAUUACAGACGCUGACAUCAUCAAGCUGCGACCAUGUGAAAAGAAACAAGUGGAUUUCAGAGACAAACUGUAUCUGGCUCCUCUCACUACGUGUGGGAAUCUGCCGUUCCGGCGCGUGUGCAAGCGGUUCGGAGCUGAUAUCACGUGUGGAGAGAUGGCCAUGGUCACCAAUCUGCUGCAGGGUCAGUCGUCUGAAUGGGCUCUGCUCAAGAGACACACCUCUGAAGAUCUGUUCGGCGUUCAGUUGGAAGGCUGUUUUCCAGACACCAUGACCCGGUGUGCAGAGCUGCUCAAUCAGAACAUCGAUGUGGAUUUUGUGGAUAUAAACUCCGGGUGCCCCAUCGACCUCGUUUACAAGAAGGGUGGAGGAUGUGGCCUCAUGACACGAACCAGCAAAUUUGAACAAAUCGUGAGGGGAAUGAACUCUGUGCUGGACGUUCCUCUGACGGUUAAGAUCCGUACCGGAGUCCAGCAGAACUGCAACAUCGCACACAAGCUGAUCCCAGAGAUGAAGAAGUGGGGCGUCUCGCUCAUUACGAUGCACGGCAGAUCACGUGAACAGCGUUACACGAAGUCGGCUGACUGGGAAUAUAUCGACACCUGCUCAAAGCUCGCCGCUCCUGUACCGUUGUUCGGUAACGGAGAUAUCAUGUCGUACGAAGACGCCAUGAAGGCCAGAGAGACUGGAGUGUCUGGGAUCAUGGUGGCCAGGGGUGCGCUGAUCAAGCCGUGGCUCUUCACUGAGAUUAAGGAGAACAGACACUGGGACAUUUCCUCCGGAGAGCGUCUGGACAUCCUGCGUGAUUUCACCAACUACGGCCUCGAGCACUGGGGCUCCGACACACAGGGCGUCGAGAAAACACGCACCUUCCUGUUGGAGUGGCUCUCCUUCCUGUGCAGGUAUAUUCCGGUGGGUUUGUUAGAGCGCGUCCCGCAGAAGAUCAACGAGCGUCCGCCGUUCUACAUGGGCCGAGAUUACAUGGAGUCUCUGAUGGCCAGUCAACACGUGGGCGACUGGAUCCAAAUCAGUGAGAUGCUGUUGGGUCCCGUGCCUAAAAACUUCAGUUUUCUGCCCAAACACAAAGCAAAUGCUUAUAAAUGACCGUUUAAUGCAGUGAAAGUCAAGGAUUAUUGAACAGAAGUGCUAAUCAAACAUUUAUAUCUAGUUUGAAGAUUUCAUGAUUUAUUAAGUAGAGAAGCUGUUUAUAUUCACGUUGAGUUCAUUUUAAAUGUAUUAAAGAUGUUGAAGUCUGAGAGGUGUGUGCGAGUGUGGGUGAUAUUAAUGCAGAGUGUUUUAUAAUGAAAGCAGAAGUUUAUCAACGGAAUAAAACUUGAACUGUAAAUCAUGGUCUUUAAACACAGUGCUGGAUUACACCUGUAUACUUUGCUUCUUCCUGUAGAAACGACUGUACAUGUUUACUGUUGAUGUUAUGAGAGAGAAUAAAGUCAGAUACUCACUAA